GAAGAACGAAGGAUACACAAUCAGCACUGAACAAGGGAUUAAACGAUGGCGUACGUUGGUCUAGUAGAGUGAUCCGACUUCUUCAAGUACGUACUUUCAAGCAUUUCUUGCAACCAAAAUUUGUAGGAAAAGGAACUUGAUCAGGAAGGUAAAAGAUGGGCAGCCCUGCACCUGCAGUCAAUGCUUUCAGUAAACAAGAAGUUGAAUAUAAAGAGCUGAUCAUUGACUUUACACCGGAACUGGAGCCUCCUUGGCCUGAGUGCUGUAUAUACAGAGUUCCCAAGAGACUUCGCGAGGUCCAACCAAUGGCCUACACCCCUCGGCUGGUUUCUAUAGGUCCUUUUCAUCACCGCAGUGAAGAGUUGAAGGAUAUGGAGAGACAAAAAUUCAUAUAUUUGAGGGAUUUCUGUAAUCGUACUGGGAAGAGCAUCGAGUAUCUUGCACGCAUCAUCCGGCCCUUAGAAAUGAAAAUCCGCUGCUACUAUUCAGAGACCUUUCUACACAUGAGUAGUGAAGGGUUUGCAAACAUGAUUGUACUGGAUGCUAUGUUUAUCCUUGAGCUCUUCUGGAGGAAAUCUCAAAAAUCAAUGGCUCAAAAAGAUUAUAUGUUAUGUCGACCGUGCAUGGAACGCGGCAUACAACAUGACCUGCUUCUACUUGAGAAUCAGAUUCCUUUCUUUGUUCUUGAGGAGUUAUACUUUAAUGUUGAGCUGAAUGUAGGCCACCAAAAUGGGGAACCCAAGACCAAAAAACCGACUCUUCUUGAGCUCUCUUGUGGGUUUUUUGGUCAUCUCGAUUAUGAUUUUAAACCAGAGUCCAAAAAGUGUUUUUAUCAUGAUUUGGUGGGAUGUUUUCGCACUUCACAAAACCCAAGCCCAAGCUCACCAGAGCCCGAGAAGUUCGAGAACGAUGAAGUAAAUCAUAUCAAAGAUUUGGUGAACCGUUUUCCACAGGACCGAAGCUCACCAAAUUUCAUUGAAGUAAAGCAUUUCACAGAUUUGGUGAGAUAUUUUUUCUGUCCACCAUCAAAAGAGGGGCAAAAUUCCAAGAAGUGUGGCCAUGUAAAGCAGUGUUUCCCAGAUUGGGUGGGAUGUUGUUGCCCUCGACAAGAAGACCCAAAACCAAGCUCACCAGAGCGCAAAGUACCCAUGCAUUUCACAGAUUCGGUGAGCCAUGAGUUUUUCCCUCCACCCGAACCCAAGCAUUGCACAGAUUUGGUGAGACGUAUUUUCCGUCCAUCAAACCGAAAACGAGAAGGGUCAAAACCAGAAAAGAAAAGAACUAAACCCCUAUGUACUGCAACAAAGCUUGACGAGGCAGGGUUGAAAAUCGCUAGGCCAGAUUCAGAAAGACCUUUACUUCAAAUACAAUUUCGGGAGAACAAUUGCGAAUGCUUAAUAAAACGCUGCCCGGUGCUCAAUCUCUCAUGGCUCUUGUCAUGCUUACCAUGCCUGAAAAGCACUUGCUUGGUGCAUAUGCAACGUUUCUUGGAAGUCCCACCCCUUCGGGUAGACGACAAAACUGAAGGUCUUUUCCGAAACCUGAUGGCUUUGGAGCAGUGCCAUUAUCCAUCUGAAACUUACAUUUGCGAUUACAUUGUGCUGUUGGAUGAUCUUAUCACAACUAAAGCAGAUGUAACGUUGCUUGUUGAAAAGAAGAUAAUUGUUAACGAGUUAGGUUCCAGCGCUGCAGUGACGAAACUGGUUAACAACCUCGGCCUGGAGAUUGAAGAAAGUGGAAACCAUUACGAAGAGCUCUGUGAAAAGCUUAAUGAGUACUACGAGAACAAUUGGAAUCGUCUGGUGGGUACUUUGACUAAGGUGUAUUUCUCAGACUUUUUUAAAGGCACUGCUACUGUUGCUGGAAUUAUUGUACUGGGUUUGACUUUGUGGAAUUUCCAGAGGCUCCUUAGAUGGAGUCUUGGCAAAUACUAGAUUUGAAGCAUCUGUAGUGUUUGUUGGAGUGUUUUAGCAUCGAACGAUCAGUGGAGAGUCUGUCUGUCUGUCUGUAUUGCAGCAAAUUAAAUUCUCUGUCUGUUACUAUUACCAGCAAAUUAUAAAGCCAGAAGCUGCUGCAUGGCAUUAAUGUAGAAAUUGUCUUAAAAGAGUCCAAUUUUUCUUCAA